AGGCCCCUGCCCUGGCCCAAGGAGGGCUCAUUCGUUCUGUAUCCUAGCCGCCUAGAGAUCGAAGCCCUCGGGCCACGGUGACCACGAUGCAGCUCUUGAUGAGAGUGCCCUCUCUUCCCGAGCUGGGUGAGCUGGACUGCAACAUCUGUUUCCGACCCUACAACCUCGGGGCCCGUGCGCCCCGCCGCCUGCCUGGCACGGCGCGCGCCCGCUGCGGCCACACGCUGUGCACAGCUUGCCUGCGCGAGCUGGCAGCGCGGGGCGACGGCAGCCGCACGGCCGCGCGCGUGGUGCGCCUGCGCCGCGCUGUCACGUGCCCGUUCUGCCGCGCGCCUUCCCCGCUCCCGCGCGGCGGCGUCACGGAGAUCGCGCUAGACCCUGUCUUGUGGUCACGGCUGGAGGAAAAAGCCCGGGCUGAGCGUGAAGGAGACCCGAUGGGGAGCCCGGCCAAAGACAGCGGAGAGGAUGGAGAGGACGACGACGGGGAAGCGGAGAGCGAGAAGGGGGCGGGACCUCCAAGUGCGGGUUGGCGCGCGCUUCGCCGAAUUUUGGACAGGGUCCUGGCGCCGGCACGCCGCUUGCGGCGUCCGUUGCCUAGCAAUGUGCUCUACUGUCCAGAGGUCAAGGACAUUGCCCACAUGACCCGUUGUACGCUGUAACCAAGGAACCCCAGAGCUAUGGCAGAAAGCAGGUGGGAGCAGCAUCCUCAGGCGUGCUCUGACACAAAAGGUUGAUGUCAAGACUACCUGGAAAUCAAGGCUGAUGCUGGAAUUGGUACAUGCGUGAUGGAGAUGGAGCUCAACAGAAAGGACCCUAGAUGGUGUGGAUUCUGAGCGGCGAAGGCUCCUAGACUGUGCCAGCAUUAUAUUUUCAGGAUGGAGUGGCCAAGGGAUAAUAGAAACAAAGCCUACCAUAAUGUAGGAAGAAAAAAAAAAUAACAAAGCUUUGGCGUUUGUUCAGAGUCUGUGGUGUAAGCAAAGGAUCCAAUUUUAGCAGUGGUCUGUGGUUGACAAUGUGUACUGUGGAAAAAAGGACAGGACAGGGGAUAAGCUAAUUUAUAUGUCAUGUCAAUCUCACUUAUCUGGUUGUGUUUGCUGGCAUGCCAUCUUCCCACUCUUGUUACCGUGCUCCAGCAAUUACUGAGUUGACUCCCUGCUUAUGAUUGGGAAUCUUGCAUAUACAACCUCCCUUCAGCUGGAUAGGGCAGGUAUGAAAACAUCCAAGGGGCAUUUAUUUACAUGAGGCCUUAUUAAAGGCUUAUCAAAGAUGGGUGAGCCAUUUGAUAAAGGAAGCAAAAUUUAGGCCUUUGUUAUCUUUACUGACUCUGUAGCAAUACUGGGGAAAAGAAAAAAAAAGAUGCUCACAUAAUUUUAAUUUGUGUCCCAUAAUGGGACAUUGUUUACUGUAUGUAGUUAGUUCUAUUCUAAAGUCCUGUAAAUAUCUUACUGUAGACUUAAAAUCAAGACCAGCAGUGUUGGUUGGUCUCACAGCUUGCUAGAAAUGCAGAAUUUCAGGACCCCAGUCCACAUUCCCCGGUAGUUUUAGAAUCCCAGGUAUGUGUAUGUAAGUUAAGAAUCACUGGUUUAGCUCUUAGUCACUCUGAGAUGGCAUCAUCAGCUGUAGGUGGAACAUUUAAAACACUAGUGACGCAUUAAAGUGCCAAAGUGACAUUCUUUUGAGAAAAAUUUUUCUGAGCUACAAAUGUGAAUUUACAAGGCCUCAGUUUUCAGAGGUCUUCAAGAUUUUGUUUUUAAUGACAAAUAAUGUAUGUAGUUCUAGGGUAUAAACCUCCAUUUGUAAAAUGUUUUGUCUUUUUCCUGUCCUUCGGUUCCAGCUGAAAUCUCCCCUUUUGGAGGCCAGCAUGCAUCUGUGGGAAUGUGUAUGUUUUCUCUAUACGUGUUGCCAAAGGGAAUGCUAUGUUUAUUUUCUGCUAUUUUAUGUUUUGAGUAUUUCUAGAGUAUAAAUUUCAAGUGACUAUCUCCAGAGCCGAUAGCAGUGUUAAUGUUAUAUGUAUUCAAAAAAAAAUGUUUGCUGAAUUUAUUUUGAAUGUAAUAGUCUCUAGAAUAAAGUAUCUGGGCUCAUUCAA